GUUUAAAUCAAUACUUUCCCGCGGUUAUUUCAGCCUCACCUGAGAUUUUGGUUUACCUGUCAACAAAUUUAAACACACGAUUUUCAAUUGAACCAUAAUAAUACUUUUAAAUGUAAUAUACCCUUAAGACGAACUGACGUCAGAGGAAACAACCAGAAAUAGAUUAUAAGUAGAUAAAUAGAAAUUAUACAAAAGAGAAUCAUGUUUUUGAUCGUUUUUGUGACAUAUUUUGCAUGCUGAUUAUGAGAAGGUUGAUUGUGCUGUUUGCAGCAUGUCUAUGUUUACUGAACGCCCUCCCACUCAAUGCUGAUGAUGGACAUUACGUAAACCAGUUCCUUGUUGAACUACACAAGAGAUCCACAUUAGACGAUCUGCUAGCGGAUCAUGGAUUUGAAGUUGAAGAAGAUUUGCCAUCGCUGGGGUUUGUAGUUUUACGUCACAAAGAAGUCAGCCAUAGAUCUAAAAGAAGUGCUGUUGAUCAUGUAAACAAACUCAGGACAGAUUAUAGGGUGAAAUUAGCAGAGCAGCAAAAAGAACUGACAAGAGUUAAAAGGGAUAUAAUCCAUGACAAACAAGUAGAACUGCCAUUUAAACAUAUCACAGAUAACUCUAUCUACUACCGAUCGGAACCAUCAAGGCUCAUUCGUAAAGAUGGAAUUCCUAAUCCAGAGAUCAAAUUUAAUGAUCCUUUUUAUAAAGAUCAAUGGUAUUGUCACAAUGAUGGUCAGACAGGUGGAGAAGUAGACGUAGAUUUAAACGUUGUACUGUCAUGGAAGAAUGGCUACACUGGUGUAAAUAUUACUAUCUGUAUCCUUGACGACGGGAUAGACCAUACACAUCCUGAUAUCAAAGAUAAUUAUAGGCCCGAUCUGAGUGCUGAUAUGAAUGACAAAAGUGACAAUGACCCAAUGCCUGAUGUCUCUAACAGUGAUAACAGCCAUGGAACAAGAUGUGCUGGAGAAAUAGUGGGUGCCGCAAAUAACAAUAACUGUGGAGUUGGUAUAGCAUAUGGUGCAGGCAUUGGAGGUAUUAGGAUAUUGGACGGACCUAUCACAGAUGUUUUAGAAGGGAAAGCCUUGGAGUUCAAAAGACAACAUAUUGAUAUAUACAGUGCUUCAUGGGGUCCAAGGGAUAAUGGGGCUACAACAGAGGCACCAGGAGCUGCAACAAUAAGAGCAAUAGAAAAGGGUGUAAGGGAGGGUCGUGGAGGAAAAGGUAACAUAUUUGUAUGGGCGUCUGGUAACGGUGGCGGUAACGAUGACGAUUGUAACUGUGACGGGUAUGUAGGGAUGCCAGAAACUAUAUCUAUAGGGAGUAUUACUGAUAGAGGUGGAACUCCAUACUUUAUGGAGAAAUGUCCUUCAACUUUUGCCGUUGUGCCUAGCGGAGGAGAGGAACACAUUGGAGAAGACGGGAGCAGAACUAAAAUCAGAGUUGUAACAACAGACAUUGGAGGGGGAUGUAUAGAAAACUUUGAAGGAACGUCAGCUGCUGCACCACUUGCUGCCGGAGCAUUAGCCCUGGUACUGGAAGCCAAUAAUGAUUUGACAUGGCGGGAUGUUCAACACAUUAUUGCCAAGGGAAGUAGAAUUCCCUCAGUAACAGACGACUGGGAGGUCAAUGGUGCUGGCUAUCAUCGUAGUCACAGCUUUGGAUUUGGUGUGAUGGACGUAUCUUUGAUGGUUCAGAUGGCUAUUGGAUGGAAGAAUGUACCAGAGGCUGGCAAAUGUAAUUCAUCAGACCAUGUGGUCAACAAAGAUGUGCCUGCAGAUGGAUGUAUCGUAGAGCAUGUUGAUAUGUCUUUUUGUCAGGACAACCACAACACACAUAUUGAACAUUUAGAACACACCAUGUUAUGGGUUGACAUUGAAUCAGGGAGACGUGGGGAUGUCAGCAUCACCUUGACCUCACCGUUUGGUACCGUAUCACAGAUGUUGUCAACCAGGAAGGAAGAUAACAGCGGUGAUGGACUCAAUUUCCGAUUGAUGACGCUCAAUAAUUGGGGAGAAAAUAUUGUCGGAGAAAAACUAUGGAAAAUAGAAGUCUGCGACAAUGGGAAAGAAAGUGCUAACAAUAAUAUGAAGUUAAAUAGCUAUUCUUUGAUUGCUUUGGGAACAUCAGACAGUCCAAACAAACGUAGCACAGAUUCAUUUGAACCAAGCAAAGCAGCAGUGGCAGAAAUGAAAGAAUUAGAACUCAAAAGAGGAAAACGUUUAGAUAUGAAAAGACACACAGAAGGGUUCCAGAAGAAUACUGACAAAAACACUGAAAAGAAAGAUGUAAAGAAUGAAAAAAAGGAAGAAGAACAGAAAUAUUUGAAGGACGUUAUUCAUGACAUGUCUUCUUAUCUACAGGAGAAAGGCUUUGAUGAAAACCAUGUCAUUGAUAUUUUGAAUCAUGGGAUGUCAUACAGUUCAAAGGUCAGAAAAGAUCAACAGAACAGCAGACGAGGACUAAGUCGGAGAACAUUUGGGGAGGAAGACAUUGAUCAUGAUAAAUUCAUUGACGGAAUGUCAAAAGCUGUUAACAAUAUCUUUGAUGAACGAGAAAAAGAAAGAAGAGAGCUGGCUGUGAGGGAAAAACUAGCUGCAAGAGCAAAAGAAAGAAGAGAAAAGGUUGAGGAGAAAAAGAAGGAACAAGCUGAACAAGAGAAAGAGAAGAGAGAGGAAAUAGCUGAAAAAGAAAGAGAAAUACAGGAACAAGAAAAGCGAGAGAAAGAAACACGAGAAGAAUUUGCUGAGAGAUACUUGGAUGAGUUCUUAGAGAAGCCUGGAGAUGCAACGGUUGAUAUUGAAGAGGUUAUCCGGGAUCUUAGAAAAAUUCUUCAAAAUAGGAAAUAGAUACACUGAUGAAUACUUUAAUACUCAAUUUCAACAAAAUUAAGGGUAAAGGGUUUUAUUAUUAUCACUUUAAAUUAUGUUUAAUGGGUCUUAUAUCUGUAUGGAAGUAAUAUUGAAACUAAGUGAUUCUUUCUUUACUGUUGUGACAAUUUAAAUAUUACCAAUACUCUCAGAUUCUAUACAUGAAGACUCUAAAUGCUGCGUCUUUCUUCUGUUUCAGAUCUUUUAAAAGAUUUUACUCAUAUUUUGUUCCUAUUUCUAAUUAUUUUGAUAUUUGAUCAUUUUUAAACUACAGCAAAACAGGGGAGAUAAUUCAUGAUUGUUUUUCAUCAAACUAAAAUUGAAUAUUGAGAAAAGAAUAAUAUCUUUCAUUAUCUGCUCCAUUAUAAUUAUCUUUUGAAUAUAUAAGAAGGAUCUCAGAAUUCCAAAAUAUUUAUGUGAAAAGGAUAUAUUUUUGUCAUGUUGUGGCAAAACAACUUCUAUGGUUGUGAAAAAAGUCAGAAUUUUUUUUUGAACUUUGCACUCAUUUCUUUAAAGGUUGUACAGUUUUUGAUCACAACUAAGUGUCAAACUAUAAUUUCAUUAAAACAUUAUUGAAACAUUAAAAAACAUUGCCAUUGUAUCGUAUGUCUUACAAAACUUCAGAUAGAAUUGUACAGGUUCUUAUCACUCAUGAGAACUUUUAAGUCUUAUUUUUUAAAUGAAUAUACUAUUUUUGAACUCUCACAAGCCUGUAUUUGUUUAAAUGUUCAGGUCAUAACAGCCCUUUCUUUGAGAAUAUGCUGUAUGAUUUUUAAACAUUCACAAGUCAAAAAGGAGUUAUGCAAAUUUACAUCAAUCAUAAUGCCAAACUCCUUUUGUUGAUUAUUGAAGACUCAAAAGUCUAAUCUAAAUUUUCAUAUCAACAAAUUUUAAUACAUAUUUAUGAUUUUUUUCUUAGAUGCAAUCAUAAAAUGUUUGAAUGAAAUUUCUAUAUCAAUCCUGAAAAAGAAAUGAGAUAUUUGCAUGAUUAUGAGAAUUCUGUUAUGGAAAAAAUCAAAAUGAUCUUUUGUCUGUAAAAUUCUAAAAAUUAUAUAAUACCAGGAGGCAAAUAGUAUUGUUAAAGUUAGUAAUUUAACAUUUUGAACUUAAAUUGAAAGAAGUCUUGCUUGAAUAUAUUUUCUAUAUUUUUUUAUAUUGCUAGAAAUAUACAAAACCAUUGUUGUGAAACAUUAUCUUUGCUAUUUAUUGUGCAAUUUGUUAUUUGAACCAAAAACAAAUGACUGUCCAUUCCACUGGCAGUCAUUACUGAACCAUUAUGACUGUUCACAACUUCACAGGAUUGGGCUUUCCUCAACUGUCUUAGUCUUUCUCAAGAUUUUUAAGAUUUUAUUUAAACACUCAACAUUUAUCUAGUCUUAGUUGCAGACCCUACUUUAUGAGCAUUGAUUCACAUACCACAUUUUUUGACAGUUCCAAAAAAUUACCUUUGAUAAAUUAGUCAUUAAUAGUUGUGAACAGUCGUUAUGCAACUUAAAAGGACUGCCACUUGAAUGAACAGUCAUUUUCUAGUUCAAAGUAUCUUAUAUUAUGAAAUCCCUCUUUGAAGUUAUUUGUUGUUACAGGUAGAUCUGCAAUAUUUUAUUACUGUUUUUGUAAUAUUUUAUAUUUUUGAUUUAUAUAUGAAAUCCACCUAUGUUACUUUAAAAACUUUUUUAUAUAUUUGAUUAACAGAUUUACACCAUUUGUACAUUUGAAAUCCAUCUGAGUUACCAUAAAAUUAUUUUAUAUGUUUGUUAAGAUAUUUAAGUAAUAACUAGCCAAUCAAAUUAUAGAGCAGGAGUCUGCAUGAAAAUGCAUCUUUUAGCAAGUUUAUGUACAAAUCUCUUUUUGUAUGAAAAUAAAAACUAUUUCUUGAA